AUGCUAUACUCUACUCUUCUCUAUGGUCUGUCCUUGGCCCUCUUUGCUCAGGGAGACGUGACCAAGGAGCACAAUGGCCGUCUGACAACGACCGUCAUUCUGGACACCCCCACCACGGGUGCCAGUACCACGCCAGAGGGCCGGGCCUUCCUCAAACUUGCUCGAGUUGAUGGCAUAACAGGCUCCCAGAUUGUUGAGGUCAUCGACGAGGUCGGAGAGCAAAGGCUAGUGACGUAUUCCAAUGAUACAUGGAACUCAUGGAAUGCCACCACCGACAGCGAGAUUGACUCGCAGACCAAGUAUGUCUCGGCGCCUGCGGAAAGUAGUGUCAUGUGA